CAUUUGUACUAGUAAACACUGAAAACACUGCUGUGGUACAUUUGGAACGCUGAAAAGACAAUUUUAAUAGAUUACUUGUCAUCGAUGAGCUUUCUAGAAUGAUAUUGAAGUUUCAUUUCACCUAUCAUCUAUAUAGAUCGAGCACAGACCUACUGAAAGAUCGGUCUCAGUUAAAAAUAGAUGCACGCUCGCGCCGGCUCUGUACUACGUCGACUAACCUAUAAAUUCAGUAAUCACUUUCUACCCAACGUGUAUAGUCGACGAGCAAACAGUGCAAGUUUUUAAAAUGUCCACAAAUACGGUUGGUUUCUUCAAAAAGUUUCACGACACAAUAAACGAUAAGAUAGACGACGUCGCGAGAAAUAACUUCGCCAAUUUAGAAACUGAUGCGAAGCGUGUCUCCUAUUUGUGCAGUCUUCCUUUGAUAAAGAAUUAUGAGUUGGAGGUAAAAUGUCAGGAAAUGCCGAGGAAAGACAUCGCAAAGGCAAAAGAGUUGAAGGACGGGGGAAAUGCGGCGGUGCAGAAAGGAGAUUGGGCUCGUGCCAUGCAGUUGUACACGGAUAGCAUGAUUUUUAUGCCGAAACAAGAAAGUGAAGAGCUCUCGAUACUUCUCGCCAAUCGCUCAGCGACGCUCAACCACAUGGGCCUGUACGAAGAGGCCCUGAGCGACAUCCGGCGCUGCCUGGCGCUGGGGUACCCGGAGCACCUCAAGUACAAGGUGCAGGAGCGGAAGGCCAGGUGUCUGCUCGUGCUGCAGAGGAACCAGGAGGCUGUUAGCGCGUUUAAAGAAACAAUUAAAGCCCUCGACCGCGCCUCAAAACUAGCCAGCGACAAAAGACAGAAGAUGCUUGCCGACUCCAAACUCAUGAUCGAACUACUCAACAAGGGCAUGGUGCUCGCCGGCAACCCGAAAGACCCAGCACCCGUCAAAAAAUACCCACCUAAACCAAAACUACCAGGAAAGCACAACCCGACCUACCCCGCGGCUUCAGAAGCUAUAGAGAUUAACUAUAGUGAGAGCCAAGGGAGAUACGCCACUGCUACUAGGGAUAUUGGUGCGGGAGAGGUUUUGUUGAUAGAGAGAUCGCACAGUGGCGUGUUGUUGAGUGAGUUUUCGAAGACGCAUUGUCAGCAUUGCUUUACAAAAUGCCCAAUCCCUCUGGCGUGUCCAAACUGCCCCAACGUCAUCUUCUGCAGCGACAACUGCUUGGAGGCCGCGCAGAAAUCCUACCACUCCUACGAAUGCCACAUCCUCCCUCUACUCUGGCAGUCAGGCUGUUCCAUCACCUGCCACAUCGCCCUGAGGAUGAUCACCCAAAACAGAAAGGAAUACUUCAAAAACCUAAAAGACUUAAACAUCAAACCAACCGGCCCAUACCAGACAGAUGACUACAGAAAUAUAUAUCAUCUGAUAUCUCACGAAGACAAGAGAACUAAGCAGGAUUUCUUGCACAGGACACAAAUGACAGCUUUCCUGGUGAAACUGCUUGAGAUCAGCGGCUACUUCGAUGGUGAACCAAGAAAAACUCCUGUAGAAUCCAACGAUGUGAAAACCAUGGGUGUGAAUGAGAUUUACAAGGAGGAUAUCGCGCUGAUCGGCGGUUUAAUUCUGAAAAAUCUUCAAGUCCUACAGUUCAACGCUCACGAGGUCUUCGAGCUUCAAUGCCCUAAACCUAAAGUGGGGCAGAACGUUAUAAAACAUUGUGGGAAAUCCGUGUUUAUUGCUGGCGCCGUGUUUCCCACUCUCGCGCUGUUCAAUCAUUCAUGCGAUCCUGGUGUCGUGAGAUACUUCAGCGGCAACCGCAUCGUAGUCCGAGCCGUGAAGAACAUACCCAAAGGCGAAGAGGUAGCGGAGAACUACGGGCCCAUAUUCACGACAGUACCCAAGGCGGAGCGACAGGCGCAACUGAAGGAGCAGUACUGGUUCGACUGUACUUGCACGCCCUGUCGGGAGAACUGGCCACUUUAUGAGGAGAUGACGGAGAACUAUAUGAGAUUCAAAUGCGACUCUGACCGGCCGUGCCCCAACGUGAUCGCUGUCCCCUACGACGCGAAGGAGUUCAUGAUCCAAUGCGGACUCUGCCUGCAGUACACUAACAUUAUGAAGGGACUCAAGUCUUUACAGGACACAGACAUGCUAUACCGCCUCGGCAAAGGCGCCAUGGAAGAAGGCAACUACGGAGAAGCCAUGAAGAAGUUAAUCGAGGUCCUGAAGCUAUAUGACAUCACACUCCGGCCCCCGUACCGCUCCUACUAUGAUUGUGUCCAAGACCUGCGAAGGUCUAUGCUUUCUAUCGGCAAUUAUAGUCUUGUGUAAACGUUUUUGUGUUGUUUGAGUUUU